AUGGCUCCCGCCGCAUCUCGCGACCUACAGCCCAGCUGCUGCGACUCACACUCCUCCUCGUCAUCCUCCCUCUUCCGCAUCGACAUGCACACCCACAUCAUGCCGCCCUCCCUCCCAGAUUUCGCCUCCUUCUUCCCAUCAUCAUCCAACACCACAGACGCCAACUCCUACCCCUGGCCCAACUUCCGCCCAUCCGCCCCAUCCCCCGCAACAACACCACCCAAACCAUCCGGCCAGGCCGCCAAAGAAGAAGACAACGAAGAUGAUGGCGCAAUAGACAUGUACAUCGGCCCCCAAUUCUUCCGCCGCGUAACCCGCUCCUGCUACUCCCCCGCCGCCCGGCUGCGGGACAUGGACGCCGCAGGCGUCGACGUGCAAGUGCUGAGCACGGUGCCCGUGCUGUUCUGUUACGACGCGCCCAUCGACACGCCGCCGCAGCGGGCCGCUGUGAGGGCACUGGUGAGGGGGUUGAAUGAUCAUGUUGCGGGGGUUUGUGCGGAGACGCCGGGGAGGUUUGUGGGGUUGGGGACGGUGGGGUUGCAGGAUUUUGCGAGGGUGUCCUCAUCAGCGGGGGCCGCUCCGGGGGAGGAAGCAGUGGCAGAGCUGAGGAGGGUAAUGGAAAUGCCGGGGAUGGUCGGGGUGCAGAUUGGGACGAGCGUGGAGUUGGGUGGCGGUCGUGACGGCGGCGUGAUGAUGCUGGACGAUGAGCGGCUGGAACCGUUUUGGACGGCGUGCGAGGAGUUGGAUGCCGCAGUGUUUGUGCACCCGCUGGGGUAUGCGUUGACGCGGGAGAACCCGGCGCGCUGGGGAAAGUACUGGGGCUCGUGGCUUGUGGGAAUGCCGUCUGAGACGGCGCUGGCGAUGCAUACGGUCAUGUCAUCGGGGUUGUUGGUUCGGCAUCCGCGGUUGCGGUUGUGUUUUGCCCAUGGCGGUGGUGCGUUCCCGGCGUUGUUGGGGCGGAUUCAGCACGGGUUUGACUGUCGGCCGGAUUUGGUGGCCACCAAGGCGUGCGGUGUUACGCCGACGGAGCACUUCGGCGGGCAACAUAGGGAAUCGCCUUCUCCCUCACGCUCUCCUGGGUCGUCGACAUCUGAUGCUUCUUUUCAGCCGCAGAUCUGGAUCGACUCACUGAUGCACGACCCGGAUCUGCUUGAGUACGUCUUACGAAAACUAGGCCCGAGAGGGGCUGAGCGCAUCGUCCUGGGCAGCGACUACCCAUUCCCUCUCGGGGAGGUCCCCGUAGCGGGCAAAAUGCUGACGGAGGAUGAUCGGCUUGGGCGGUUCAUGACUUGGCGCGAGCGGGCCGGGGUUCUGUCCCUGAACGCCAUCCGGUUCUUGAAGCUGGGCCGAGAGUUUGAGGAUAAGUUCCAAGAGCGAUGGCAGCUGUUCGAGGCUGCGAACGGGAUCUCUUCGUCGUCGGGUAAACAGGUCACAGAUGCGGCUUGGGAUGGCUGGCGGCAUCGGGAUAGUGCCAUUGAUCUGGACGAGGACGGGGGAACAUCACCUAUCGCCAAGUUCCCCUCGCUGUAUCAAGGUUGUAUCCUUAUCUUGGGCCUAACGAUACUGAAGUAA